AUGUUCGGCUCAUCUACCAGCACCGUUGCCCUCUCUGCCCUCCUCUCCCUUGCUGCCGUUCAGCUCGUCCAUGCGGACCCUACCCCCUCGGAACCAGCGCCCGGAAAUGUUUACACAGAGGGCGAAACUUGCCAUGUCGCUUGGGAGGCUGACACGACUGGCGAGUGGACGUCGAUGAAUAUCGAGUUGAUGACGGGUCCCAAUGACCCCAUGGUCUUCCUUACCACCGUCGCCACCGUCGAUGCGACGGGCGACACCACCAGCUUCGACUUCACCUGCCCCACGGUGUCGUUGCACUCCGCUGUCUACUUCUACCAGUUCACCUCCUCUGCCUCCUCCAACGUCACAUGGACCGGUCGUUUCACCAUCACCGACAGCACUGGCACUACCGUCGACCCACCUAACAGCACCGUCAUCGAUGGUUCGACGAUUGAGUGGGGUACCGGUGCCCUGACGGAUGCGUCGCAGUUCACGGCCCAGCCAACGUAUAUGUCGGCUGCAACGGUGGCGAUUGAGACGGCCAGCGGCGACGCGUCCAGCGCUGCGACUUCCUCGACCGCGGCUGCGACAUCUGCUACUGCUACUACCAGUGCGACAGGAAGCAAGAGGACCACUGCGACGUCGACUGCGAGUUCCUCCGCUGCGACCUCGAGCAAGUCGUCAUCGUCGAACAACGCGAGUUCGGAGUCGACGAGCGGAGCUGUGGAGGUGCGCAAGGUCCAGAUGGCGUUGGGUAUGGUUGCGGUGUUGGGAAGUGUUGCGGCUUUCCUCUGA